AUGGAAGAAUUUGUCAAGUCAUCCUCUUCUCACAUUGAGUGGGAGGAGCCGAGGUUCCUGCAAGCCGAUCGGGAGUUGAGCCUGGUGGGCGCCAUCAAGAAGCAUUGGAGGGCAUUACUGAUAUGUAGCAUUUCCUUCAGCGCCGGUACGAUGUUCGGCUACGAUACCAUUGUGAACGGGGCAUCGAUUUCCAUGCCGGCAUUCAUGAUGUACUUCGGAGAGAAAGAUGCAACAGGACUAUAUCUCCCAUCAUUAUGGACUGCCUUGUGGACGUCCAUGUCUGCGCUUGCUCAAGCGCUCUCGGCCACCUGCACCGGAUUCCUGGCUGAUCGCAUCGGCCGGAAAUGGUCCGGCGUCAUUGCUGGUGUUAUUGCCUUGGUCGGUGCAUCAGUGCAGUACACUGCUCACACCAGGAGCGCUUUGCUCGGCGGCAAGAUCAUCGGUGGACUGGGCAUUGGAAUGGCCAUGUCGUCUGGUAUGACCUAUGCCUCCGAGGUCGUCCCUCCCAUGCUUGUCCCUGGCGUGCAGCAGGCUCUGGUGGUAUUCAUUCUCAUCAUGCAGGCCUUGGCCAUGGGCAUUAUUCGGAUUUUCGUCACAGAUAUGUCGGAAAUGGCGUUCCGGACCGUCUUCGCUAUUCAAUGGGGUGUGGGCGGGCUUGUCGCCAUUGCAUUUGCUGUUGCACCAGAGUCCCCUGUCUACUGUAUCAUCAACAAGCGCGAAGAAAGCGCAAAGAAGCUGUUCAAAUGGCUCUAUCGUGACGAGGUCGAUCGCGAGGAGCGCUACAACCACCUGGUAAAGACCAUCCAGGAAGAGAACAGUCAACGCGAUGAAAACCAAUCAAGCUAUAUUGAAUGCUUCCAGGGAGUGAAUUUCAAGAGGACCCUAACCAUGAUGUUCCUCUUCGGCCUCGUCAAUUUAGGUGGUGGGCCCUUCCUCUCACAAUCAAUUUACUUCCUCAUCUCCGUCGGCCUACCGACAGUGCAUGUUUUCGAUAUCUCGAUAGGAGGAUUUGGACUGGCCAUCGUUCUCAUCAUUGCCAGCGGAAUCGCAUUAAAGAACGUGCGACGCAGGAACAUCUUGAUCUGGGGAUGCGUGAUCAACUUCCUCUUCAAUCUGAUUGUUGGGGCUCUUUAUUGGGCUCAUGGUACUGGUCCCAAGUGGGCUAUUGCGAUCUUCAUGAACGUUCUCAUCUCCUUGCAGGCUAGUUUGAUGCAAGCCCCAGGCUGGUCAAUUGCAGCUGAAAUCUCCAGUUAUCGGCUGCGCGCAAAGUCUAUGUCUCUGGGAAUGAUGGCACAGACUUUCAGCACUUGGCUCGUGACUUUUGUCGUGCCAUAUAUGUAUAACGUCGAUUCUGGUAACUUGGGUGCUCGGACUGGGUUGGUCUUUGCUGGUGUGUCGGUGUUGCUUAUUUGGGGUGCGUGGGCUAUAGUUCCUGAUACCACUGGGCUCUCGACCGAGGACAUUGAUAAUCUUUACGAGGCCAAGGUUUCGGCUAGGAAGUUUACUAGUAAUAAGGAGGCUGCCUCGUCACCUGGUGGGGAUGUUUGA